AUGGCUUCUGAAAAUGAUUGGUACACAGUAGCUUGCGGAGCACGUAGAUAUUCAUUACCCGUACGAUAUCACCAAUUAACUCUUAUCGAAAAUGGUGGUUUCAGCGAUAUUAUGCGUGCUCAAGAUACAUUUAUUCAUUCAGCUGGAAUUACUCAUUGCAAUAUAACGCCGGACAAUAUUGAAAUUGAUGACGAAACAAAUGUUACAAUUUGUAAUUUUGAUCUGGCUCGUAAUGCAUCAAUCGAUUUCGACCCUAGAUAUUGGACACAUCGAGGAUACUACGCACCAGAAGUAGUAACUGAAGGGGACACAAGCAAUCCAAAACGUGAUAUCUGGUCUGUUGGAUGUAUAAUGGGAGAAUUAAUACGACGCAAGACAACUUUUCAAGGAACUGAUAUUUUAACAGUAUUACAGGGAAUACUUAAUUUAGUCGACAUACCAGAUAUAAAGACAUUAAAUGAAAUAUGCUCUGAAACACAUCCAUUUCUGAAUGAAUAUCGUUAUCCUGAUGAAGAACCGACUGUGGCACGCAUGAUUGACGAACACUUCGAUGCACAUUAUGGUGUCUCAAAAUGGAAAUUAGAAAUAGAAAAUUAUAAACUUGAUCGUAAAUCAAAAGCUCUCAUUUGGGAUAUAAUUCAAAAUUUUUCUCCGCCAAUUUGGGUUGAUGAUAGUCCUGAUGCAGGAGCAUAA